UCUUAUCAAUUUGUUUUCUAUACAUACUAAAUAUCGCAAACAUAUUUAUUGUUAUUGGAUUUUUACUACAAAAUGAUGUAUCAUGCAUUUCUUGUCAUUAGCAUUGUGGCCAAAGUAUUAGGACAGGAAAAAAGUAAAGAUACGGCGUUUUUUGAUCGCGAUGUGAAUGCUUUGAUUGAACAGCUACACACACUCUCUUUUGAAAAUAGGGAAAUUGUUAACUUCAAUUCAAAACUGUUAAUGGAAAAUGAAAAUUUGAAACAUUCAAUUCAAAAUCUAGAACGCAGAGUACAUUCUAUUGAGCGAAAUAUUCCUCUUCCUAUCAACCAGCAACAUAAACAAGGAUUUGAAAGUAGUAUCCAUGCAAAUUUGUACAAAAAUGUGACAAAAACAAAUAGCCAAGGAUAUCCUUUACCAUCGAAAAUUCAUCAUCCAAUGCUAAUGUCAAAGAAAAUGAAUGAAAAUAACCAUACUAAAGACAAAAGACAAGUGAAACGUGGAACAUCAGGAGAAGUUGCAUUUUCUGGUGUAGUGAAGGAUACGCUUCAAAAUAUUGGAGACCACCAAGACAUUCCUUUCAAGACCGUUGAUGUUGACACACACAAUGCAUUUCACGGAGACAGUGGAAUAUUUACCGUUCCUGUUGCCGGAUAUUACGCAGUCUUUGCCACUAUAAUGACUCAUCCCGGAACUAGACUAGAUUUUCUCAUUGUAAAAAAUGGACAAACUAUUGGUUAUGGAUAUUCUAAGGGACAUGGAUAUAGCGAUGACGAAGUAUACGGUACAGGUUCAACGUCAGCGAUAAUUAAUUUAGCCAUAGGUGAUAAGAUAUGGGUAAAAACAAAUGGAAAUUACCAUUUUGGCUCUGGAGAUAUGGUUGUCGAACUCUAUUCUUCAUUCAUGGGAUAUCGUUUGUAA